AAAAAUUCCGCCAAUAUGAGUAUAGAACAAAGCAACAAUUUCAGAAAACUGAUAGAAAAGCUCCGUAAAAUCAAGCCUCCAUUUGAACUAAAGAUUGAUGACCUCAAGAAAGGAAAACCUUCAGUUUAUUUGCCAAUUAUUAACUACAUCCUCCUUGAUUUCUCCCCUGAAAUGGCGGAUAUGCUGCUCGAUAAAGGCUACAAUAUUUAUGGCAAAGCAGACUUAAAAUUCAUGGAAGAUGUUGAAAAAAUAUGAUUAAACCUCUUUCAAUUCAAACCUCCAGUAAACAUAAAGCAAUUCUUUUCCGAGAAAUUUGUUGAUCAAAAAUGACAUUAUGUAUGCGAAAUAAUAGACCAUGUCAAAAAGUCCUUAAAAGCCAAGGUUCCUCAGAAGCCCAAACCAGCACCAAGAGUUAAUCAUGGAAUUGAUGCAAAAGGGAUAUUCAAAGAAAGAAGUUCAUCUCUAAAACAUCCAACUAAGGUCGAAAUGAAAGAGUCAAUAAAGAAUUUUAAGAAGAACCAUGAAGAAGAAAAAGGAUAUUUUGGCUAUCAACAGAAAAAUUCUAAUCAAUAUCAUAAUCCAAAGUCUAAUCAGAGCUACUGUUUUCCACCUAAACCACCAAAGAUGAGCCAUCAUGAGAAUAGUAAGGAAAAUAUAAACCCAAAUGCAUCGAUGGAUUAUAAACAUUAUAUUAAAGAAAGCAGUAAUAUUCCUUUAUCAGCUGCUCAUCACAAGUACCAUCCAAUGGUGACCGCUUCACAAAGCAACAAGGUUUCUACUGAUAAACUCCACUCUGCACCUCCAGAACCUUCUGAACUCCCUGAAAGAAGGAGUAUUAAAUCAAAAAGAAGCAGAAGUAGAAGGAAGCAUAAAAUUAACACUGAUAAUGAGAUAAAGAUAGCCAAUCCCUAUGACCAGGUUAAUAAUUUCAGACCUCAAAUGGACCCAGAUGAUUGAGAUAGCAAUUUUAGUGAACACACUGCUGUAAAUCUAAGCCAAACCAAGAAGGAUGUUCCCUCAAUGCUGACUUCUGAUUCUGAUUUCCCAACACCUCACUUUGAGCAGAGAGACAAAGAGAAAUAUGUCACUAUGGAGGAGCACCAGAAACUUGUUGGCCAAUACAAUGAACUAAAGAUGGCAAUGAACACUUUAACUGAAACAUUUUCAAAAUUUGUUGCUGAAAAUAACAAGAAUAUGCAGUUAUUUAAUGGAGUCAUCAACAAUAUGGGAGCUGAAAUAACCCUUCAAAAAAGUAAAACUCGGUAUUUAGAGCAGAGGAUGAAUAAUCAAUAAUUUUUCAAUUAUAAUCCUUGAAA